UGAUUACCACCUUCGACAGUAAUACUUCUGAUGGAACACGCAGGCACUUAGGCUAUGUAUCGCGGACAGCCCCAUUGACGGAGACGCGAUGAAGGCUUUGUUCCCUAACGAUUUCUUAUACCAUGACAAUGUCUCGCACUGAUUCUAGCACAACUCCCACAGUUGUAAUGCCUCUCUCUUGUGCUACACUAGAGUCUCCGGCUUUUGGUAUUUCACUCCAAGAUAAGAUACCCGAGAACUGGAUACAACAUAUUCACCCUCAAGGCUGGCUUUAUUUUUCCUGUCCAUCUCUCAAGAUUGUCACGGCCUAUGAUAUACGAGAUCCCGACGUCUAUGAGAUUCUCACACUAAAUUCCGCCGAGUAUCCACUUUCUGAACUCGAAGAUGCGAUGGAAGUACAGAUGUCUGGUCAUCGCAAUCCGGGGUCUCUGCAGUCUCUUGCUUUGAAUCUGGUCAUCAAUCACUUGCAUUGUGUCGCAUCCUAUCAGUUACAAGAAGUCAGAAACGACGUCAUCUCUCUCACGGAUCCAUACACUUUAAAUCGUCACCGUCGAUUGUAUUGGAAUUUCGUUUGCAGAUAUCCCUCCCACAUACGGUGUCCAGAUAGGGCCAUUCCAGAUGCUUCAGACGCGUUAACCUGGUAUUAUACGGACAACUUGGUACGCGGCUCUAGGAGUACAGUGCCCUUUUCCAAAACAGAAUGCGAGGACCUUCGUGGCGUUUUGAAUGAAAUGACGCUUGCUCAGAACGCCGGCAGCGUUGCAAAGACUGCUUUUCUUGCUUGGUUUCUGCGAGAAGUGUGCAGUUUUCGUGAUGCUGAAUACCACGGACUUUAUACCGAAAGCACUGCUAAUACCAUUCUAGCGGAGAGACAGCACCCUAAUCCCUCUCCAGCAUUAGAAAGGCCAUCUCCCUAUAUUUCUCCUCUCGUCCACUUGCUCAUCAACGUGGUGUUUUUCGGCAUCCCGAAAACGUAUGUUGCGUAUCUCCGACAAUCCCUUAAAUACAAUGGAAGACUUGAUAACAUGCGCCAAAACUGGGGAGAUUAUAUCUCAAGGCUAGUCAGAGAAUAUUCGAGUUUCCUUCUCAUUGCAACUGUAUUGCUUUCGUCCGUUCCUUCUCUACUUUGCAUCUCUGUUGGUAUGCCUGACGUAAUGUUAGCGCGACAGUAUCAUUUCUUGCGGUCCCGGGUGCUUCUCCAGGAUGCCAAAUGGCAACAACAGUGUCGGUCUUCACCUCGUUAGGUAGCAUCAUUGUAGGCGUGUUUUCAAUUUGGAGACACCAAGGAAAUACACGAGGUACGGAUGCGGUGAGUCCCAUUUUCGUCUUCCUUGACGUCA